CCCUACCCCCACCAAAUCUAAGACCCAUCUUUUACCCCGCUCUCCAUCUCUUUUCUCUCUUCCCAUCACGGUUCAACGCGCAGCAGCUCGACUCCGACGAAUGCUGUAACCCAUCGUAGCAUGUAGAAUUAGAUCUGCGAUUUUGAAACCAUUCGAACCUGAACGCUGUUGGUUACCCAAGCCUUUUCCACAAGGUUUCUAGUAUUGUCAGUUUUUUCUUUUCACGCUUCACUCUUUCGCCUUCGCUCUGCUACUCACGCCGCUCGCCGUUGAACAGCUCACUUGUCUCAGGUAUGUUAAAAUUGAUGAUAUUGUCCUUCAUGAUAUUUGGGGGAGGUGAGAGGGAGGGAUGGUUAUAGCUCAACAACAACUUACACUAACUGCGUUCUACAGAUCUCUGUCCUAGUUUUUAUCUAUGGGAUUUUGUUCCAUGAUUCAACAAUUCACUGAUAUUGAAUUGAAGAAAUAAUGAAGCUGACUGUAGUUGCACGAUCCCUUCAAGUCCGUUCCACAUUUGCUAAAAUAAUUGGGUUGUCACAGGUCCGUUUCUUUCAGUCUGAUUUUGCUCUCAGAGACCCAAAUGCCAAGCCAAAAAGAUACAAGUAUCCACCAUUUUAUGAUCCAUAUGGCCCUAGGCCCCCACCCUCUGAUAAAAUCAUUGAGCUUGCUGAAAGAAUUGCAGCACUGCCUGCGGAAGACCGUUGCCAGAUCGGUCCCACACUCAGGGAAAGACUUAAACAUCCUAAGCUGCAGCCAAUUUCAGUGGAUGGCUUGGACAUGGGUUCCGAAGGAGGGGCAGGGGCAGGAUCUUCCAAGGUGGAGGAGAAAAAGGAAAAAACUGCUUUCGAUGUGAAGCUAGAGAAAUUUGAUGCUGCUUCAAAAAUUAAGGUGAUUAAAGAAGUAAGGUCUUUCACUAAUCUGGGUCUGAAGGAGGCAAAAGACUUGGUAGAAAAAGUACCUGCAAUUCUUAAGCAAGGGGUGACCAAAGAGGAAGCAAACGACAUCAUCGAAAAAAUCAAAGCUGCUGGAGGAGUUGCUGUGAUGGAGUAAACAAUUGUUCUAAAAUUGGUAAUAACUUUUUGUUUAUAUUUUUCCAACUAGCCAAUUCCUAGUUUCAAUCACUGAUAUUCUUCUGUGAGUUGAUGCUGCCUGCCAGUUGAGUUGCACAAAGGAUGAAGGACAAUAAGUCACCUCUUUUAAACUUGUUUUGACUUGUGGAGUAAUUUAGGCUUUUGUUUUUCUUUCUAGAAUAUGAUAUAAGAAAACAAAUGUAGUAGAGUAAAUUCAAAUCUACUAUAAAGAGUGCCUUUUAACUGUUUGAGCAAUUACGCAUCAUCGAAACCUAAAUUAUAUAUGUGAUUUGAGUUCUUCAAAAUCAAGUUCUGUGUUGUAUAUUAGUUCAGAUGAUAAUAACAUAAGCAGAAGAUGGAGGUGGUGUAGCUGUGCUUGGGAGAGACUUUCUACCGUUCUUGCUAAGGCGUGCAGAUGCAUGCAAGCUGUAUUAGAGCGGUAACAAAAGUAUCUCAUUAAAAGUUUAUUUAUAGUUUUAAUGAUCAUUAUUUCAGUUGGCUUA